AUGACAAAUUCUGAAAAACAAGUUGAUGAAAUAUUAGCAUUACAAUCAAUUUUUGAUAAAAAAUUUCGCUUGUUCAAUGAAAAUCAAUAUGAAAUAUUAAUUGAAUUUGAUUUACCUACAUCAUUUACAAUACGAUUCAAAGAUAAAAUAUCUAUUAUUCAACAUUUACCACCAUUAUCUCUUAUAAUUAAUUAUCAUGAUGAAUAUCCAAGUGAUGAUCCACCAUCAUUUAUUCUAUCAUGUUUUUAUUUUUCAAAAAUUGAUUU